UACCCCUCUUGUCGCUACCAGGAGCACUGUCACUGUUACUUAGGGAGACUUCCCCCCCAACAUCCUAGACUUUGACGUCGACUAAAAGGAGGUCAUUUCCUCCGAACAUGGUAGCGCGUCGCGUGCUCACUCUUCUCUCGGCUCUCGACGAGGCCUCGCUGACGUCGCUGCUGCAGCAGCAUGGGGUGAAGGAGUCGCACGGCCGGACCAUAAUUAGCCAUGUCAUCAGGACACGUGGCCUGGGUUCAUUCACUGACAUUCCGAAGCUACCCCAGCCUCUAUACUCGCUACUGGAAGAUUCGUUUGCAGCUUGCUCGUCAGAAGUCGUGGACGAGCAAACAUCACAGGAUGGCGAUACCACUAAACUCUUGAUAAGGCUACAGGACGGGUUAACUGUUGAAGCGGUGAUUAUGCGUUACGAUGCGUCAGAGGGACGUUACAACGGCUACCAGCGGCCAGGGGGAGAGAGAGCCACGCUGUGCGUGUCUUCUCAGGUGGGGUGUGCCAUGGGGUGUUCCUUCUGUGCCACGGGCACCAUGUCUCGCCCCACCAGCCUCACAGCAGGGGAGAUCCUCGAGCAGCUGCUGCUGGCCUCGCAAAGAGCUCCAAUCCGCAACGUUGUCUUCAUGGGAAUGGGCGAGCCCUUCAACAACCAUGCUGCGGUGAAAGCAGCAGUUGAAUUGAUGGUUGCUCCCUAUGGCUUUCACUUGUCCCCCAACCAUAUAACAGUCUCCACA